AAAACGUUUUUUCCUCUCCGUGAGUCGAAGCAUCUGAGUGUUUUUGUGUGAUAACGGGAACAGACAGGAAGGUUCUCAUUAGGACCCCCCCUCCACUCCCCCCACCCUUCAGCUGCGCUCCUCCUCGGUCAGCGCGCUCCAGACACGCUCCGCUCCAGGAUGGACUCGUCUCCUCCUGCGCGCCUCCAGUUGUGACGCCGCUGUAGUUUGGUGGGAGUUCCUUGGAGGAGGAGUGGGGGAGUCAGAACCGGUCCUUUCUGUUCUCCGUUUCCCCGCUGCUGGCUUCUUAAUUCCCGCCUCGAACAGCCGCUCUGCUCUGUCAUCUCCGGGCUGCAGCUCCGACAUGGGAAUGCAUUUCCAUCUGCUGCUGCUGCAGUACUAUUUCGUCUCGAGUUUCGUCUGCAACGCCGUCGCUUUUGUGGAGGAGCCCUCCGGAGGGAGGUCGGAAGGCUACUGCGGGCGGAUCCUCCGGGCUCAGACGCAGGGGACCCGGAGGGAAGGGCACCAUGAGUUCAGGCUCCGAGUGGAGGGGGACCCUGAAACCUACCAGCCCGGCAACACAUACCGAGUGACCCUCCUGGCAUCCAGCCCUGCUUACUUCAGAGGUUUCACCCUCAUCGCGCUGAAGGAGGGCAGAGAGGGCACCACGGACGACGACUACGCUGGCCAGUUCCAGAUCAUCGAUGAUGAAGACACACAGUUCAUGACCAACUGCCUUCCUGCAGUGACAGAGAGCACGCCCCGCAGGAGGACCAGGAUUCAGGUCUUUUGGACCGCACCACCCAGCGGAACCGGCUGUGUCAUACUCAAGGCCAGCAUUGUCCAGAAAAGAAUCAUUUAUUUCCAGGAUGAAGGGUCUCUCACCAUUCGUCUGUGUGAGAAAGAGCACGUGCUGGGCGAUGUCACCGAAGUGCCCGCCAUGGAGUGCUGCGCCUGUGGAACCGCCAAGUACAGACUCACUUUUUACGGCAACUGGUCCGAGAAAGUACAUCCAAAGGACUAUCCAAGACGAGCCAACCACUGGUCCGCUCUGAUUGGUGCAUCCCACUCCAGAAGCUAUGUGCUGUGGGAGUACGGAGGCUACGCCAGCGAGGGGGUCCGACAGGUGGCCGAGCUCGGAUCCCCCAUCAAGAUGGAAGAAGAAAUUCGACAGAAGGGUGAUGAAGUGCUGACUGUCAUUAAAACCAAGGCUCAGUGGCCGGCGUGGCAGCCGCUCAACCUGCGCGCAGCUCCGUCGGCAGAGUUCUCUGUGGACCGGACGCGACACCUCAUGUCCUUCCUCACCAUGCUCGGGCCCAGUCCGGACUGGAACGUGGGACUGUCAGGGGAGGACCUGUGCACCAAGGACUGUGGCUGGGUCCAGAGACUCGUGACGGAUCUGAUACCGUGGGACGCAGGCACAGACAGCGGCGUCACGUAUGAGUCACCAAACAAGCCCACCAUUCCUCAGGAGAAGAUACGACCCCUGACCAGUUUGGACCACCCUCAGAGCCCAUUCUACGACCCAGAAGGAGGGGCCAUCACCCCCGUGGCUCGGGUGGUUGUAGAGCGGAUUGCCAGAAAGGGAGAGCAGUGCAACGUGGUCCCAGACACCAUCGAUGACAUCGUCGCUGAUAUUGGCCAAGAGGAGAAGGAGGAAGAGACUUCAACAUGCAUGAUGUCAGAGUGGAUCAGCUGGUCCGCCUGCAGUGUUUCCUGCGGGAUGGGAAUGAGGUCCAGAGAGCGAUACGUCAAACAGUACCCCGAGGACGGCUCGCUCUGCCAGCUCAACACCGAGGAGACCGAGAAGUGUGUCGUCAACGACGAGUGCUCGGCCAGCAGCUGUGUAGUGACGGAGUGGGGGGAGUGGGACCCCUGCAGUGUCACCUGUGGUGUUGGAAUAAAGCGACGGGAGCGCAUGGUGAAGAUGCCUCCUAUAGACGGCUCCAUGUGUAAAACCCAAGUGGCAGAAGUGGAGAAAUGCAUGAUGCCCGAAUGCCACACCAUCCCCUGCAUGCUGUCGCCCUGGUCCGAGUGGAGCGAGUGCAGCGUGACGUGUGGGCGGGGCCUGCGCACCCGUCAGAGGAUGCUGAAGUCGGAUCCGGCCGGCUGCACGGAGGAGCUGGAGCAGACGGAGAAGUGCAUGCUGCCCGAGUGCCCGAUCGACUGCAUGAUGUCAGAGUGGUCCGAGUGGUCCGAGUGCAACAAGUCCUGUGGGAAGGGACACACCAUCCGCACCCGAAUGAUCAAACUGGAGCCACAGUUCGGAGGCAGCUCCUGUCCUGAGGCCAUCCAGAGGAAGAAAUGCAAGAUCAGGAAGUGUCGCACAAAAGGAGGAGGAGGUGCAGCGAGCUGCCGCAUGCAGCCGUGGAGCAGCUGGACGGACUGCAGUAAACCCUGCGGUCUGGGCCUGCAGGAGCGCUUCAGGACCUCCAAGAAAAGGUCAAAGGGCAACUGUAAGGACCGGAGGGAGAGUCGCGUCUGCAACGAUCAUCCCUGCUAGGGGGCACUACUGAGCAACACUGGGGGUGAGCGGGUGGGGGGGGGAGGGCGCACAGGAGAUCAGAAAUCCCAGCUUUCUAUGAUCAAAACUAAGAUGGAGAUUUUCUUUUUGUAGGUGAUGAGAAGUGUUGUUUUCACACUUUAAAAAAAGGAGAAAUAAAAAAAUCAGAGGAUGGGAGGGAGAGUUUGAUCUGCUGUUUAGUAAAAGUCUUGUAGGAAACUAGUAAACAGAGAUUACUUUUAUUUCAGACCAGACUGAAAGUGUUAAAGAU